CAGGAGGCGGGAUUUAUGGGCGGGUGAAUAGAGAAGCGCUGGGAGAGCUCACGUUCCCUUGUGUCAGUGGGCGGAGUCAGUGACGUGUCAAAACACUGGCAUGUCUGUUUUUUUUUGUUUGUUUUUUUAGAGCUGUCGCUCAGCUGACGGUGACGCAUCACGGCUGUAGGAGGGGAGGCACGAUCGAGAGACAGAUAUAGAAGCGGGAAGAACCCGCACGGUCUAGUAAAUGACACACAGCGAGCUGAGACGAAGCGUAAGAAUAUAACAGAAUCGCGUGAGACAUCCGUUACAUCCGUUAUAGUCACUGGUCUUCGCAAAGGAUCCGUGUCUUUGGCACGAGCUGUCACCCAGUGCAUUCCAGCGGUUGCCUAGGCAACAUAAUUCAGCCUUGUUUAUUUAGAGAGCGGACGAGGAGAGAAGCACCGGUCCUCCCUGGUGGACACUUCUAAAAAAGAGUGGGUGCAGUGAGGACGGCAAGACAUGGUGGAUUACUAUGACAUUCUGGGAGUGUCACGUAGCGCCUCUCCAGAUGACAUCAAAAAAGCAUACAGGAAGCAGGCCUUGCGGUGGCACCCAGACAAGAAUCCAGACAACAAGGAGGAGGCAGAGAGAAAAUUCAAGGAAAUUGCAGAGGCCUAUGAAGUUCUGUCAGACAGAAGCAAACGAGAAGCAUAUGAUGCUUAUGGCAAAGGUGGCAUGCCAAGCUCAGGCUCUGGUGGUGGCUCUUUUUCCGAUGACUUCCCAGAAUUCAGCUUUACAUUCCGCAGCCCAGACGAGGUGUUUCGGGAGUUCUUCGGAGGCCAGGAUCCAUUCGCUGACUUCUUCGAUGAUUUCUCGUUUGGUGGUAUGCACAGUGGGAUGCGCAGCGCUUUUCAUGGACACCAUGGCCCCUCCAGACUUGGAACCAGCCGCUUCUUCUCCUUUCCCUCAGCAGAUGUUGACUUCACCACCUUCUCUUCUUCCUCACUGGGAGGCUUUGGGACCGGAGGGGGGAAUUUUAAGUCUGUGUCCACUUCCACACGGGUUGUCAAUGGGAAACGUACCACAACAAAAAAGAUCAGAGAGAAUGGGCAGGAGAGAACAGAGAUUGAGGAAGAUGGGGUUCUGAAGUCUGUCCUAAUUAAUGGUGUAGAAGAUGAGAUGGCUCUAGCUCUGGAACUCAGCCGCAGGGAACAGUCUAGGCAGCCUCAGCAGACAGAACAGCGUCAGCUCCCUGCCAACGCUGCCCACUCUAAUCUGGCGAAUCACAACCCCCGAAACAGCACCCAGCGCUCCUUCAGCUCCGCCCCUUUCUUCAAUUACCCCAGUGACAAUGAUGAGGAGGAUGAAGAGCUGCAGAUGGCACUGGCGUACAGCCUGUCCGAGAUGGAGGCCCAGCAGCGGGCAGCCGCCUCCACCCAGGACAUGAUCUCAGGUGCCAGGGGAGGGCGGGGCAAGCAGCGGAAAGGGAGGGAUGCUAUUCACAAGCAUAGAUCAGUGAGGGAUGGGAUACAUCAAUCAGCACAUGAGUCAGUACAAAUCACCUGUUCAUCUUCAGGGGAGAAAGAACCAGGGAAGGGAGGAGUGGGAUUAGAAAAGAGUGCCAGCCCAGAGGAGGUUCUUUUAGAGGAUAGGAAGGGAGAAGAACAAGUUGCCAAUGGUAUCGCUGUGAUGAAAACAAAGAGGAAGUGUCAGUGUGUGGUGUGUUAAUUCAGACUUAGAAGUAAUGCUGCAUCCUAGAGCAGAGGGAGGACAAGCUGUUCAACAUUGAUGCAUGAUAUUCUCAGUAUUAACCCUGUUUAUGGCUGCUGUGUUGAUCUUAACCCUAUCUGAAGUUUUGUGUAGCAUGUUAAAAGAGAGAUGUUUGCCUGUUUCUCACCGAGGGUAAGCCACAGUGUUAAGACGACUGUUUAUAUAUUAUUUUAGUUUGAAUAACCGGACUUGUGCCAAUUUAUCACAGAGAGGAUAGUUCUGCUAACUCAUGGGCUUUAUUUGAAAAUGUAAAUGCUUCAGAAAUGGCACAGUGUACUGAAGCAGUGUAAUAACAAACUUCAUAUAUAUAUAUAUAUAUAUAAAAUGUACACUAAGUAUUUGUUUCAUACUACGUGACGUUUGGUAGACAAUCCGGUUGGUUUGUUUACUGUUAGUUUAUUUUGUCUUCUACUAUAAUAUUGAAACUGACACAGUGCUGAACAAUGAAGUCAGUUUAAGGUACUGAUCAUUUGUAUUAUUCAGAUUAUGAACUCAAACUUGACUGGUGUCAUUAAUCAGACAUAUAAAUGGCAGUUCUGUUUACAUCUACCAUACUAUGGGUAGGUUGCACCAAUAAGGAUUAAUCUUAAAUCUAGAUUAAACCAAGGUUUAUCUAAUAAUUCUGUUGCACCAAACUUUAAACCUUGUUUAAAAAUAAGCAGGCUUACAUUUAAACCAUCACGUUAAUCCUGGAUUUAAUUAAACCUGGAUUAACUAUAAUCUUGUUGCUCCAUCACUUUAAACUCAGAUUUUUAUUUUUUUUAUUGAAAUUUUGUCAUUUUCUCAGCCUGUAUUGGUUAUGCGAAUGAGUGGUUAAUAACGGCAGUUUAAUUUUUUUUUUUACUCAAAGUUUAAAGUUCACGAUCCCUUUGAAGUCACUCCAGUGGAAGUGAGAGAGUUACAUUGUUGCUGUUUAGUUACACUGGAGAAUUCAUACAUUUGCACGUUUAUGUAAUCCGCAUGCACUGCCGCAAUGUUGUCGAUGGCGAAUCCAUCAUGAUGGAGAAAAUGAAUCGCAAAUGGUGGUUUUAAUCGCAAGUUAGAGUUCUAAUCCCUGAUUUGUUAAUCUGUGUUUAAAAUUCAGUGGUGCAACACAACUCGAUUUAAAAUAAAGUCCAGAUCAACAAAUCCUAGAUUAGCUCUAAACUGUGCUUAAUUUAAUCCUUAUUGGUACAACCCACCCUAUGUCUAUUAAAAGGAGGGUUAGUUGAAGAUGUGUUCUUCUAGCUUUUUUUUUUGCCACGGUACUAUUUGGAGUACUUUUCAAGCGAUAGUGUUGAAUGUGUAGAGGAAAUUUCUCAAGCAAUGAGGAAUUUCUCAAAAUGAUGCUACUAUGAAUGUUUAUGAAUGUAUACUGAACAGAGUGCAAAAACAGAAUUUAGGCUGAUUCUCUGUGUCUAAAGAUGUUUGUGCAGUAAUAGUAUGCCUCUUACGCUUAAUGUUAUUCAUCAUAAUGAUGCAAUAAAUCACCCCCCUCUUGUACUGUAACUACAAUCAAACCUUAGGGAAACUAAAAAACACUUAACUCAAGUGCAGUGAAUGUCUGUUUACAAUGAAGAUUGGAAAGGGAGAUUUUGUUAAUGAAUGUGUUGUAGAAUGUAGUAGGUGUGUAUCAGAAUUAAUCAUGCGUUGGGGAUGUUCAGUUCCUUGAGAAUGGUAUAUUUGAUGUGCCAAUUAUUAUCAGUGUUGCCAAAGGUGGUAGAUAUGUCCUGUUGUCAGUCACCUGCUUUUCCAAUAUUAAUUAUAUACAUGGUCAGCAGGUAUAAAGUGUUUGUAGUGCCAAGUUUUUUUUUUACACAAUUGUCAGAUCAAGGGAACGUCGGUUCUCUUAUAUGCAAUAGACACAAUGUAAAAAAAAGGCACAAGUCAAAAUAUAAGAAGCACAUAUUGUUUUUCAGACAUACAGAAUAUUACCAUGUUAAGACAGACUUUUUUUUCAACGAGUGACAAUGUAUGUUUUAUUUUUGAAUAUAAUCUGAAAGUCUUGGAAUGGAAAAAGAUGAAAAGUAUUGUGCGCUCUGGUAUAAUUUAAAUAUAACAUUUUCAUUUUAUUUUUACACUUGUGUUUAAUCUUUCUUGGUUUGCCUGGAUUUGUCAGCACUAUGAGAGAACAAUAAACCUCAGAGAACAAAUUUUAUAAUUUGUUAAACAGUCUUUUGUACAAAAUGUGCUAUAUUUUGACCAUUGAUAAUGCUUUACAUCCCUAGCAGAGACAUUCUCUGGCUUUCUCUUGUGCAUUGAAGCUUGAAAGUUACUGUGUUAAUUGUGUGCAAUAAACACAUAUAAUUUCCA